AUGAACUUCUCUCAUUUCCUCACGUUCGUUUUCGUAGCCAGUGUUGUUGCUGCCCUCGACUUCGAUUUGGCCAGAGACUUCUUCCACCUCAAACGUGCAGACGGCACCACCUCCUCCUCCUCCUCCAGCACUUCGACCCUGUCGAGUCUGAGCAAGUCCGAUACCACGGUCUGGGUGACCAUCACCACUAACGGCGCGCUUGCCACUGUCAAGACCAUCUACACGCAGAGCUUCAUGUCCACGUACAUUACUGAAGUGGAUGCUCCAUCCUCGGGAAACGUAGGUAUGGGUUCAAUCUCGGGAAACGUGGGCUCUCUCAAGGAGUACUCCAAGACGACGAUCACAAACGGAGGUAACGGUAACAGAAACUUUGCUUAUGGAGGAGCUGCGGGUGCUCUUUUGGUUGCUGUCGGAAUGCUUUAG